AUGGAAAUGAAAUUAUCAUACCACAGUGUUGCGCCACACUUCUUAAAUUUGCGCGUGGCUGGCUAUUAUCAAAUCGAUAUUCAAUCUUCGAAAAUGAAAAGACUUAUUCACAGAAUUUACAUGGGUUUCGUUUUAUCUCUUAUGAUUAUUUAUACCACACAGCAAGCUUUAAAAGUAUACCAAGUGCGGGAGAAUUUGGGCCAAGUAAUGGGAACGAUGUUUUUAUUUUUAACACAUACAGAUGCAAUUUAUAAACAAAUCCUCUUGUGGCUUCAGCAGGACGAAAUUGAGAAUCUUAUUUCUAUAAUGAAAGGACCUCGUUUUAAUCAACGCAAGAAAGAACAUGAACGAUUUCUUCUCGAUACGGCUCGAUAUGCAAAACUUCUGCUGUAUUGCGACAAUGGUUUAGCAAUAUCCACCUGUUUUCUUUGGUUUGUGUAUCCAAUAUACUUGCACUUAAAAGGGCACCAUAUUGAAUUUGCCAUAUGGCUUCCUUAUAAUGAAAAUAAGGAUCCUAAUUUUUAUGUCACGUCUUUAUAUGUUUGGAUAACAACAACUUGGCUUGCAUUUAGCAAUACAACUAUGGAUGUGACGAUAUCGACUUUACUCUCUCAAUCUAAAGCACAGCUGUCUAUAUUAUGCUAUAAUCUCUCCACUAUUGUAGAGCUAAGUAAAGAAGAAAGUUCUCGCAUAAAUGAAUCACUCAGCACAACUCUACAAAGGCGCUUUAAAGAUAUUUUACUACAUCACAUGGAAAUCGUAAAGUUUACAAAAUGUAUUGAAAAUAUCUUCGGAAAUGUGUUGGCUUAUCAAUUUCUUAUCGGGGGUUGGAUUAUUUGUGCGUCAGUCUAUAGAUUAGUUGACAUUGAUGUCGGUUCUUUGCAAUUCUUUUCCAUGCUGACAUAUAUAGCGUGUAUUUUGUUUGAAAUGUUCAUUUGUUGUUAUUAUGGGAGCGAGGUUACUUAUGAGAGCAUUAAGCUAACAGAUGCGGCAUAUAGUAUGGACUGGGUGGAUAUGCCGGUAGAAAUCCGAAAAAAUUUAAUUAUUUUUAUGGAAGGAAUUAAACGACCGAUACGCACUAUGGCAGGACAUAUCAUACCUCUUUCUAAUGACACUUUCAUUUCUGUUGUGAAGAGCUCCUACAGUUUUUAUGCUCUCUUGAAAAGCACUAGUGAAUAG